GGACUCUGGUCAUCCCUCUGGUUCAUUUCGUUCGUGUAUAAUUUGAACAAGUCUGCACAUUUCCUCGCGGCGACUAGACCACAGCAGCACUCUGCCCAAUCUCUGCCAUCUGCUCCUAAUCUUGACGCUGCGCGGAGGUCCCAGGAGGAUAUCCGCCUAUUCCCCCUGGGUCAUCCAGUAGUCGCCACCCGACCCGUCAGCGUCGUUUUGAAGACUGCGACAAACGCCCAACGAGACGUGGAAUGAAGACAUCGAGCCACUAAUCAUUUGAGCAGCAGGCGACGGCGGCCUGAUCUUUCCCUCCAGACUUCCACUCUUAAAUCACACGAUGCCGCUUCAUCCGGUGCCGAUCAUCAUCGGGACCACUCUGGCGGUCAUAGGAGGUGGAUAUGCGUUCAAAAAGUUUGUCUACGAUCCCCAUCUCGCUCCCUUCAUCGAAGCUUUCCUAGCGACUCAUCAAACCUCACAACGCCAGGCCGUUCCUGUCCCCGCCCAGAGUCGGACUGCUGCUGCAACCACCGCGUCGUCCUCUGCGAGAAAAGACAGAGGCUCCGAGCUUCGGCGAAGAAGGACCCGAUCGAAUGAAUCACACGAGCUCGAUCCUUUGCUGGUGCCAUCUUAUCCGAGCCGAUCCGAGGAUCCCUCACACCUUCCGCUAGAAUAUGAACUGCGGGAACAACGGUCAAACGACCCGUUACGGAUCAAGGAGUCUGAAUCGUGGGGCAGACCAUCCUCGUACGAGCUCCAAGAGUCUGGGAAACUCGAUUCAGCGGAACAGCAGCCUUCAGCCAUCGACGAGAAUGUCUAUCGCCGCACUCGGGCCGUAUCGAAGCGAAAGUUGAGCGAUCCAGAGGUGCCGUGCUUGAUACAGCUGGAAUCGCCGACACGCGAGGUGGUGUUUAGUGCGCCUGUCUUGGAGAGUCAGACGCAGGACAUCGCCAAUGACCCUUUCGAGUCUCAGCCUCCAUCGCCGUCGCAUCACAAUGCUGCAUCGCCUUGCAACCCACGAGGCGCGACGGACCCUUCUCACGCUACCACACGGAAUGACUUGUCACAUUCUAUCACCAGUCUCGACUCGACAACAGCUCAAUGGGCUAAUGUACGCUCGGCAUCUCCCUCCCGGCCGCUGGACGAGGAUGUGAUCAGCUUACCCGAGACCAGUACGAGCGGUUACGAAGAUGCCGAGACGUAUUCACCUCUGAGCGGCAGUCCCAGGCCCGCCAGGCUUCGGUUGAGCACCAUCUCCGAUGAACCGACACCUCAACAGCAGAUGCCUAUCCCAUUUGAUGUUGGACUGGUCUCCGUCUCGACUGAGCAUCGAAGGGGACCCAUGAGUGUCGUCAGUCUUAGUGAGAGUGAGGGCUGGGGCGGGGAGAGUGACUGGGCAGCGGGGAGUGAGGCCGGACUUUGAGCAUCAUGUUUGUGUAUUACCUUUAGUUGUCAACAAUACCCACCCUCUUGUAGUUGUCCCUCUGUAUGGUAAUCUGAUAACCGCUACGCCAAGAGGAAAAUGGCA